AUGCUGUUGCUGAUGCAAAGAAGGCUUUAGCACUCGAGCCCAAUAAUGCUGUAGCUUUUCUCAGGCAAGGAAUCGGUGAAUAUUAUAUGAGAAAUUAUGAUUCCGCCCUGAAGUCUUUCACUGAGGGGGAAACACAGGAUGGUGCUGAUUCCGCCUUUCCCACCUGGAUUAAAAGAUGCGAAGAGGCCCUCCGUGGGCCUGGAUCACAAGAGGAAAUGGUAAGAUUUUUUCCCAAUAGAUUAAUUUGCAGAUUAAUUGAUUAAGAUGUAAUUGUAAUUACCUUUAAAAUAGCUUUUCCUUGUUCCACGUCAAAUUUGUCUUUUUUUUAAAAAAAAAAAGGUAAGCUGUAUCCUGUAGUUGUGUGACAAUAACUAUCUGUUAUUUUUCAAUGACACAAUGAUAAAUAUCAUCUGCAGUGUAAAACUAAUAUAAGGAGAACAAGUUUUGUCUAGUAAUUAAGGCGCCAGGCUCAAAAUUAAGAUUAUAAACGGUAGACCCGCCUUACGGGAGGACAACAAGCUGGGUGACUUUGGACCAAUCACCAGGAGACUGUGAGUUCUAGUCGCACCUUAAGUAGGAAAGCCGGCUGAGUGACUUUGAGCCAAUCACCAGGAGAUUGCGAGUUCUAGUCCUGCCUUAGGCAGGAAAACUGGCUGAGUGACUUUGGGCCAAUC